AUGUUCCGCGCAGUAUCACGGCGCACAAGCGCCCACGCCGCCACACUCCUACAAUCACAACGCCAAAGCCUAACCCGCUCAAUAUACACCAACACACGGCCAACCCCCCAUCCACGCACAAGCAAUGCCAAACCCCUCAUAACCCCCUACAUCACCGGCACACGCCACCUCAGCACAGCGGAGAAGAUCCGGCGCAAGUACCGCGAAGCAUCAAAAGGAAUCUGGCGCAAGAACCCAAUCCUCCUGCCACUAGCAAUCGUCUCCAUAGUCGGCGGAGCCAUCUCCUUCGCCUACAUCUCCUAUGUGGAAUUGACCCGCGUCGCGCCGCAGUACCACAAGUUCCCGGCGCCGGUGGCUGAUGCGCUCCGCACGGCUGUGUACUUCACCGAGAUCGAUCUCAACCCACCUAAGGCGCUACAGGCGUAUAAGGAGGCACUGCGGAUAGCGGCUGAGUUGGGUGUUCAUCCGUUCUCGGAUGAAGUGCUUGGUAUCAAAAUACAGGUUGCGAUGAUGCUUGAGAAGGCCGGGUUGGUUAAGCCGGCGAUUGAUGUGUUGGAACGGACUAAGAGUGAGACCCUUGUUUGGAUUGAGAAUGGGCGGGCGAUGGAGGGUGCGCAGGUUGGUGGGACUGUGAACGGGGUUUCGAAGCCUGCACCUGCACCUGCAUCUGCACCAGCAAAGAUCGCCCCGGAGAAUAUCCAGAUCAACACCGAUGUGAUGCAGGAGACAGAGGAGGAUUUGAAAGCGCAAGCUGAGUAUGAGAUUCGCCAGCGAGACAAGGCGCUCAAGAAGGUUAUCGGUAUACAGAUGAAGCUUGGCGAGCUGUAUGCCAGCGACCACAUCCAGGAAGAUAAGAAGGCCGAGGAGGCGCAGGUCGCUGCUGUGGAACUCUGCCUGAAGGAGAUGCACCGUCGCCAGAGGCUGGGUCUUCCCGUUGGCAGCUCGGGCAGCGGGAGCGAGGCAGACGGCGAGGCAUGGCUGAAUCUAACUGAGAUUGCUACUGCUUUGGCUGACCUGGCUAAUACAUAUGUCGCCAAGGAGCGGUUUGAACUUGCCAUGCCGCUGUAUCUUCGUGCAUUGGACCUAAUCCGCAAUGCGGAGGGUGACACCCCUUCCUGCAAGCAGGUCGUGCUGUUGAAUGAUGUCGCUACUGCUAUGGUUGGACAUGCCCAACUACCUGUGAAGUCUCAGCCGCAGCAGCCCGUUGCGGUUGACCAGACUAUCGAGGCUGCGCGGCAGUGGGCGCAGAAGGCUAUUGAUGUUGCGGCGUAUAUUAAACCGCCUGUGCGUGAUGAAGAGUGUGAUGUUACUUGUGUCGUUGCGACGUAUAACCUGGGUGAAUUGGCUGAACUACAGAAGAAGCCGCAGAUUGCUAAGCAGCGGUAUAUCGAGGCUAAGUCGUUGGCUGAUGGGAUAGGAUACGAGGAGGGGAGUUUGAUGGCUAACGAGGCUCUGAAGAGACUCGGGGGAAAAUAA